AUGAGUCCUUUACCUACUAUUUCAAAAGCAUAUGGGAUACUUCUUCAAGAAGAGCAGCAAAAAGAACUUCACAGCAUCAGAAAUCAUGUUUCAGAAUCCACUAUAUUCACUGCUAGAAGGUUUACUGAGAAUAAACCAUACUACAAUGCAGGUUCUGGAUCACAAGCUUCAAAUGGUGGAAAUCAGUCAAGAAAUUUUACUUAUACAAGGAACAAUAUGUUAUGUGAGCACUGCAUGAUGAAGAAUCACACCAUUGACAAGUGUUGGAAGCUACAUGGUUAUCCUAAGGAUUUCAAAGGCAAAGGAAAAAGAGUUGCAGCAGUUGCUCAUUUAGAAGAACAUGCUGAUAAUGAAGUUCCAAGUGGUGAUUCAGGCACAAUUCAUGCCAGCUUCACAGAGGAUCAAUACAGCCAAUUCAUGAAGUAUCUCAAUAUUCAGAAGGCUUCUAGUCAAGUUGAGCAUCAAGGCUCUAGCUCACUUGGUCUAGCAACCAGUUCUCACAUGAGAGGACCAUUCCAAGAACAAGCAUAUUCUGCUUGGUAAGUUGGACAAAGGCUUAUACAGUCUCAAUGAAGAGUUACUGAAGACUAACAACAAUUCUUUACUCAAUGUUUUUGCUCUUUCAAGUAUAUCUGCAAUAGAAGAAGCCAAGCUUUGGCACUUAAUAUUAGGCCACAUGUCUUUUGGAAAAAUAAAGAACAUCAAGGGUGUUGAUGUUAAUGGUUGUUUAGCUGAAAUUUUUUGUCAAA